AAUAUAUCUCUGCACAAUCGAACGUCAUGCUCUCAGAAGUAGCAAGUCGGUGGUAGUAGUGCUAUUUUAUGUACAGUAGUCAGGUUAUAGUCGGUUUUGUUUUAUACCAUGAAGGCGUGCGACAGAAAGAAGAAAAAACAUGGCAAGGAUACAGCAGUGCAGGGGACCAACGACAGCAGUGUGGUUAGCAAGGUGUCCGCCGCGGCGCAGGGCUACUUCCUGGACGACUUUUUGAAGAGCUUCGUGUGCAAAGUGUCUCGGCGGGCACCGCUCAUUAACAGGGGCUACUAUGUGCGAUGGAAAGCCGUGGAUCACUGCGUGAAGCAGUUUCUGCGUGUGACUGAGGACUGUCCAAGGAGACAGGUGUUGUCUCUGGGAGCAGGCUUUGACUCGCUGUACUUCCGCUUGCACGCAGAGGGCGCUCUGGAGCGCGUGGUGGUGUUCGAGGUGGACUUCCCCGACUUCGCUCGACGCAAAGCUGCGCUGAUCAAUGGCAGCGAUCACCUGAAGGAUGCCCUGAGAGACUGGGGCCCCAGCCCCUCCCCGCCCACAGGCCCCGUCACCAUCUCCAGCGAUCAGUACCGCCUGCUGGGGGUGGACGUGCGUGCUGAGGGGGCCGUGGAAGAGGCCCUGAGCCGGGCGGGGCUGCAGUGGAGCGCCCCCACCCUGCUGCUGUCGGAAGUGGUGCUCACGUACGUGGAUGCCCAACGGUCGGAUGCUGUGAUUGGCUGGGCUGCGCGGCUGUUCCCCCAAUCGCUGUUUGUGAUGUACGAGCAGAUCCGCCCCGAUGACCCCUUCGGCAGGGUCAUGCAGGAUCACUUCCUGAAGCUGAACUCCACUCUGAACGCGAUUAGUCACUACCCCAACACAGCUGCUCAGAGGCAGAGGUUCCUGGAGAGGGGCUGGGAGCGCUGUACCUGUCUGGACAUGAACCAGUUCUACCUGGACCUGGUGACGGAGAAAGAGAGGUGCAGGGUGGAGAACCUGGAGCCAUUCGACGAGUUUGAGGAGUGGCACCAGAAAUGCUCUCACUACUUCAUCCUCACUGCCUCCAAAGGCUCUUUGGCGAGCCAGGCCCUGGUCAGCCCUCUGGCCGAGUCCUCAGUUCCCUGCAUGCUGCCAGCGUUGGACCAGCGUACGCUCCGCGCGACGCCCAUGCCGGAUGGCCACGAGGGGCCCGGGUUGGAGGGCCUAGGGAUGGCUUCUGCAGUGCUGGGGCCCGGGGCCAUCUUGCUGAGUGGAGGGUCUGGAAGGGGUGGCAGAGGGGGCGGGGCCACUCUCCUGGUCAGAGGCCCGGCUGGGUGGAGCUGUGUCUGCAUGGAGCCACAGACCGGUGUUAGAAUGUACCACACUGUGACAGAUGUUCCGGGCUGGGGUGUCCUUGUUUUUGGCGGGCGAACUUCUCCACUCAACCCCAUCGGAAGUAUUCUCCGGAUGACCUAUGACCUUUCCUCCCUGCCUGACCUCUCUGUCCCAGUCGGCCCCGCCCUUGAAUGGCUGUCCGUGAAGGAACUGGCCUGUACGGGCAAUGCGCCGUUGCCAAGAUGGCGGCACACCGCCACGCGUCUGAGAUACAAAGGUCAGAACUUCCUGUUUGUGUUUGGAGGCCGAACGGAGGUGGAGCCAGCGCUGGGCGACGGCCACUUCCUGUGUGUGGAAGACCAGCAUUGGACGGCGGUGCCAGUAGGGGGCGCCACACCUGCAGCUCGUCACUCCCACUCGGCCUGUAGCCAUGAUGGCGGAGUGGUGAUCUUCGGAGGGUUGGGCGGGGGAGGAGCUCCACUGGGCGACGCCGUCUGGCUGAGGCCGACUGAAACAGGUUUCCUCUGGGUGAGGCUGCAGGUGCACCCUGCACCUGUGCCCAGGUAUUCUCACUCUGCCCAUGUCAUUGGUCACAAGCUGGUGUUGGUGGGCGGGGUUUGGCUGCAGGCAGAGGGUGUGCCGGGGAUUGCAGUGAUAGACCUGACCACAGGGGGCAGUGUAGAGUACAGCCUGAACACAGCCGCAGUACCCUGGCCUCUCAUGCUGCACUCUUUCUGCUCGGAGCCGCUGGACGAAGAGGGAACGGCGAUCGCGGUGAUGGGCGGAGGGGGGAACUGCUUCUCUUUCGGCACUCAUCUGAACCCCCGGCCUGUCACCGUGGACCUGCGGCCUGCGCUUUGAAUCACGACCAUGGAGACCACAGGAUUACACACUGCAGGAGUACACACUGACAGCAGGAGGACACACUGACUGCGGGAGUACACACUGCAGGAGGACACACUGCAAGACACACUCCAGGAGGACAAAGCCCAGUUUCACACUGGAGCCACCCAGGUAGAAUCUGAGCCUGGUGUAGCUGCCUUGGGGUUAUAAGUGCUGACCUCUGCUCUGUGCUCCUGCAGUUUCUCAUCUCUGUUGUGAGCUUCCCGCACACUGUGUAUCUUACAGAGGAGACAUUUUUGCUGUUACACUUCUUGAAGGGAUUCUUAUGGUGCUGUAAAUUCUCUCCUGUGACACACACACACACACACACACACACUGUCCAAGCCAAGCACAUGCAUUCCCAUGGAACUCACUAAUGGAACAUAUUAAACAGACGCGUACGCACAAUCGCUUGAAUCACUCCAGUGAGACCAAAAACAAGACAUGCACACGAAAUGAAGAAGACGCAACCCCUCAGCUGCUUGACAGUGAGCUUUUAUUUCUGCCGCGACUUCAGUGGACUCUUCCCCGGGGCUCUCGCUGUUUGUGGAACAUUGGGGAGGCCUAGAGUGACGUCAUCCCGUACAGACUUGGGGAACAGGGCGUGGAGGGGGAGAGGA